AUGGGCCGCUAUGUCAGUAGUAAUGAAGCAGUUUGGCGAAUAUUUUCUUUUCCUAUUCAUGAGAGACACCCUUCUGUUGUUCACUUAGCUGUGCAUUUAGAAAAUGGACAAAGAGUGUAUUUUACAGCACAGAACGCAGUACAAAGAGCUGCUCAGCCACCAUCUACUACAUUAACCAGUUUUUUUGAGACAUGCCAAAACGAUGAUUUCGCACAAACAUUGCUAUAUUCUGAAAUGCCAAAAUAUUAUACCUGGAAUCAAUCCUCAAGGAGAUUUAUACGACGGAAACAAGGAAAACCAGUUCCAGGAUAUACAGAUGUAUAUUCCACCGAUGCGAUUGGCCGGAUUUAUUCAGUACAUCCAAGCAAUGAUGAAUGUUUUUACUUACGACUGCUAUUAGUCAAUGUACGUGGCCCAACAUCAUUCCAACAGUUACGAACUGUUGAUGGUGAAUUGUGUGUAUCCUACAGAGAAGCCUGUCAACGUUUGCAAUUGCUUGAAAAUGACGCUCAUUGGGAUCAAACUCUCAAUGAUGCUGUAAUAUCAUCACACGCUCAUCAAAUACGAACAUUGUUUUCUAUAAUCAUAUCUACAUGCUUCCCAUCAAACCCAAUUGAUUUGUGGAUCAAGUACAAAGAUUAUAUGUGUGAUGAUAUUUUGUAUCAAAUACAGAAUAGAAUGGGAAAUCCAAAUAUACAAAUCAGUGAAGAAAUUUACAAUGAAGCAUUGAUUUCAAUUGAGGACAUGUGCUUGAUAAUGUCAAACAAACUAUUAAUUCAAUUAGGCCUGACCGCGCCCAAUCGUCCAAUGCAUGACGCUUUUAACCAAGAGUUGCAUCGAGAAAGACUGUAUGAUCUCAACGAUUUGAAAGAAUUAAUUCAAACAAAUCUUCCACUGUUAAAUGAACAACAGAAGUAUGUAUUUGAAACUCUUAUGAAAGUAACAAAUGAUGAAACUGGAGGGAUUUACUUCUUAGAUGCACCUGGUGGUACAGGAAAAACUUUUUUGAUUUCAUUAAUAUUAGCAACAAUUCGCUCACAAAAUAAAAUUGCACUUGCACUCGCUUCGUCGGGAAUCGCAGCAACUUUGCUUGAAGGUGGUCGAACAGCCCAUUCAGCACUAAAAUUGCCAUUAAAUAUGCAUAGCAAUGAAACUCCAACCUGCAACGUUUCGAAGAACUCUGCAAUGGCAAAGGUUUUGCAGCAAUGUAAAUUGAUUGUUUGGGAUGAAUGCACGAUGGCACAUAAAAAAUCUUUGGAGGCUUUGGACAGAACCUUAAAAGAUCUACGGAGCAAUAAUAACCGAUUUGGUGGUGCAAUGAUUUUAUUAGCAGGAGAUUUUCGUCAAACAUUGCCGGUGAUUCCACGAUCAACGCCAGCUGAUGAACUCAAUGCAUGUCUAAAGUCCUCCAGUUUGUGGAAACAUGUCAAAGUACUUCAUUUAAGCAAGAAUAUGCGUGUCGAGUCGAGUUGCAAAAUGACCAAUCUGGAAACAUAUUCUCUAAACAACUCAUUGACAUUGUUAACUCGAUCAAAAGAUGAACUUAUUCAGAAGGUGUUUCCAGAUGUUUCUCAAAAUUACAGAAACCAUGAUUGGUUGAGCGAACGAGCUAUACUGGCUGCAAAAAACAUAGAUGUAAAUGAAUUAAAUUUCAAAAUUCAAGAACAAAUUACAGGCGAAUUGAUGAUAUAUAAAUCAGUUGAUUCGGCUACUAAUCAAGAUGAUGUAGUCAACUAUCCACCGGAAUUUUUAAACUCGCUGGAUUUGCCAGGAUUGCCACCUCACAAUCUUCAAUUAAAGGUUGGAUCGGUGGUUAUAAUGUUGCGAAAUAUCAACCAACCGCGUCUUUGCAACGGUACACGGAAGUAUAAAGGAGAAGAUGUUCUCAUACCGCGCAUCCCAAUGAUUCCGACUGAUGUGCCAUUUGAGUUUAAACGACUACAGUUUCCAGUGCGUCUUGCUUUUGCUAUGACUAUAAACAAGUCACAGGGGCAAUCAUUAAGUGUUUGUGGUAUUAAUCUAGAAAACCCAUGUUUCUCACAUGGUCAAUUGUAUGUUGCCUGUUCCCGUGUUGGAAAACCAUCAGAUUUGUUUAUCUAUGCGCCAGAUUUUUCAGAAGUGAUGGCUUUGAUAGUUAAUGGGAAUCAAGUAGGUGUUGUAUUUGCCAAUAUGGAAACAAUAGAGAGGUAUCGAGCAGAAUGGGCACUGUUGUUGUAG